ACGCAUAUUCUAAAGCAGCAACAAUGGAAGCUCUGUGGAACUUAGAAGAUAAAUGGAAGCUAACAACCCAAGAAGCAGUUGGUCUCUUCGCCUGCACCGCAUUGGUCGUUAUCGGUCUUUGCACCGCAACAAUCUUGAAGAAGAAGAAGAAGAAGAAGAAUGACCGGAGGAAACAAAUGUUGGAGUUGGACCAUGAAUCAGUUGCAGGGUCCAUACAGAUAGACUGGAAUGAGCAAAAUUGUCAUUGGGUCCCAGUGAAGAAGGUGUUGAUGGGUUCAGUGAGGUGGUGUGGAGCAAACAAGUGGGGGGAGGGGGAGAGGCCGCCUCCUCUGCUUAGCUUCAGAAGGUAUGAGCCUGGUGUAGGAUGGCAAAGCCAUAACUCCGACUCCCCAGUGUGGCAGCGUCCAAUACUUAUGGGGGAAAAAUGUGAGCUCCCGAGUUUCAGCGGACUUAUCUUGUAUGACGAAAGAGGUCAGGUGCUUGAUCAUUCAGUCGAUGAAAGUUCUCACAAUGAAAUUACAUUACAGUUUUUUGCAGGGAAAAUCAACUGCUGUUGUGAAAACAAUGCUCAAGGAUCUGCUGUAAUCAUCAGUGAUGAAUUCUCCAGGCCAAAAGGAAAAUCAGAAUUUGCCUUUUUAGAGUAGAAUGCUGUCAAGGAACGCUAUCCACUAUGUUUAGUAUGACUUGGGAAUGUGAAAUUAACAAAUAUUAGAAAAUGCA